AUGGCUGGUACAGGUGGUCCAGUUGCCACAUUCUCUGUGUGGGAUUAUGUGGUGUUUGCAGGAAUAAUUUUGGGGGCUGCUGGCAUUGGCCUUUUCCAGGCCAUCCGUGGUCGCAAGGAGACCUCAAGCGCUGAGUUCUUGUUGGGUGGACGGCAAAUGACAGCUGUGCCUGUUGCCAUGUCACUUACAGCCAGCUUCAUGUCUGGGAUCACAGUCAUCGGCACACCUGCUGAGGCUUAUCGUUUUGGAGCGGCCUUCUGGAUCUUUGGCUUCGCCUACGCCAUCAUGUCUAUAAUCACUGCAGAGAUUUUUGUCCCCCUUUUCUACAGACUGGGGAUCACCAGUGCCUAUGAGUACCUGGAGAUGCGCUUCAGCCGGCCCAUUCGGAUAAUUGGGACAACAAUGUACAUUGUGCAGACGGCCCUGUACACAGGUUUAGUCAUCUAUGCUCCAGCUCUUGCACUAAAUCAAAUCACUGGACUGAAUCUGUGGGGUGUGCUCAUCGCUACAGGAGCAGUGUGUAUCGUCUACUGCACUUUGGGAGGUCUGAAAGCAGUCAUCUGGACAGACGUGCUGCAGAUGGUGAUAAUGCUGGCAGGUUUUGUGGCUGUUAUUGCUAGAGGAGCAGUCCUACAGGGAGGCCUGGGGAAGAUUUGGGAGGAUGCUCGCAAUGGAGGGCGCCUUGAGGCAUUUGACUUUGACCCUGACCCCCUCAAGCGUCACACUUUCUGGACCAUCACAAUUGGUGGCAGCAUAAUGUGGGUGUCUAUCUACUCUAUCAAUCAGUCCCAGGUGCAGCGCUACAUCUCUUGUAAAACCUUAACACAUGCCAAAAUGUCAUUGUACGUGAACAUGGUUGGCUUGUGGGUAACUGUGAGCCUGGCUGUGUUUUCUGGCCUUACAAUGUACUCCAUUUACAAGAACUGUGACCCAUUUACAAAUGGUGAUGUAACUACGUCUGACCAGUUGCUUCCCUAUCUUGUGAUGGAUAUUCUGGCAGCCUUUCCUGGAAUCCCUGGAUUGUUUGUGGCUGCUGCAUAUAGCGGGACUCUUAGCACCGUGUCAUCCAGCAUUAACGCACUAGUCGCUGUCACAAUGGAAGACUUCAUUGUUCCUCUGUGGAAAAAUCUCUCACCGAAGCAGGUUACUUGGCUAAAUAUGGGCCUGAGUGUCUUCUUUGGUGGACUAUGCAUCGGCAUGGCUGGAGUUGCUUCACUAAUGGGAAGUGUUUUGCAGGCAGCUCUGUCCAUAUUUGGCAUGAUCAGUGGGCCUCUCCUGGGUCUUUACCUAUUAGGCAUGCUUUUCCGCACUACUAAUUCAACAGGAGGACUUAUUGGAAUGAUCAUUGGUCUGGUGCUGACUUUGUGGGUGGGAAUCGGAGCCCAGAUUUACCCACCAACAGCAGAAAAGACAAAUCCUCUUCCACUCAGCAUUGAAAACUGCAACAGGACAAUAAGCCAGAACUACACAACAGUGGCACCCUGGACAAGUCCAGUGACCCUGGCCACAGACCCUACGGUCAGACCAGCUCUUGCAGACUCCUGGUACUCUCUGUCCUACCUCUACUUCUGUCUCCUGGGCACAGUCAGCACAAUAAUAUCAGGCCUGGUGAUUAGCAUGAUCACAGGCGGAUGCAAGCAAGAAAAGCUAAACUCUGAUCUGUUUGUGAGAAAGAGCGACCUGAUAUGUUUCAGCAGCAAAUCUGAGACGUCAACUACUAAAGAAAAGAUCCCAUCAGAUUUUCAUAUGGGAAUGGACAACGCAGGAUUUACGGACUCUCCAUCUGAUGUCAUUUGUAAAGAGAGUGAAAAAGCUACCAAACUGUAAUGCAGCUCUAUCAACAGAUUAUUCCUGUUUGGAAGUUUUGUGGAUAAUGAUUAUUUUAUUAUAAUAUAUUAUCAUUACUAUUAUUUUAUUAUACAUGCAUUUUGUUUAUAUAAAUGCACAAAUAAAAUCCAGUUGUUUUGUUGCCUAACCCUGUGAUGCUGAAACCUGAUUCACAAAAGAAAUACCUAAGUUGAAUAUGUGACUGUUUGCUUAUAAUUUGUAUAAUAUUUUUCUGUAAAAGCAGGUGAUACUAGGUUCAUGAAAGUAAAAGUAGACUUAAAGUGAUUCUAAUUCAUUUUCUCAACCUAAGUUUAUUUAUGUUACACCCCAACUAGGGAGCUCUCGCAUGCUUAACAAAGGUAUGGAAAAGUCUUCAAACAGUUGAUGGUCUAACAAAACCUUUGGCUUGAACCGACACUGUAUUUUUCAUAAAGCUGUAAAAAAAAAAAAAAAACACAAGGUCACCAGUCAUUGUGCUGUUUGCAUUUCCUAUUUAGUAGUGAUUUGGCAACGCGUUUAUUUUUACUGCCCUUUGUUCUACUGUUUUGCUGAUAGUACCUGUAACUCUUUUUUUUCUCUGUGAUCAUUUUACAUUCCUGUUCAUGUUGAUACAGACAGGCUUACCUGAAUAUUACAUUUUUUCCACAAUGGGUACAGACGGUAUACUUGUUUUGUUUUUAUUGUCUGUUAAAAGGAAAUUGUACACUCUUUUACU